AUGCACGUUUUGUCAGCCACGAAAUACACAGUGAUGACAGACCGACGAUUAUGCAUCGCCAUGUGCUGCGACUUUUUCUUUCCUCGCUUGGGCGGCGUGGAGAUGCACAUAUGGUCGCUCGCCCAGUGUCUUCUCCGUCGCGGUCACAAGGUCAUUGUGCUCACCCAUGCCGUCUCCGGACCGGCACGCGAGCGCUCGUGUCUUCCCACGCAACGCGCUGGCGUGCGGUACAUGACCCACGGCCUCAAAGUGUAUUAUCUACCAAUCACGUCACUUGUGGACAAUGUGACGUACCCCACUUUUGUCAAUCAUUUGGCGCUUUUUCGGACGAUUUGUGUGCGAGAAAAAGUGCAGAUCGUCCACGGUCACCAAGCGACGUCAACUUUUAUGCACGAGUGUCUCGUCCAGGCGAAAGCUCUGAAUAUGGAUAUUAAAACCGUUUAUACGGACCACUCGCUCUUUGGCUUUGCCGAUGCCGCGAGCGUCCAUUUGAAUAAAGUCAUGAAGUUCUCCAUGUCGACAGUAGAUGCUGCAAUUGGCGUGUCGCAUACGUGCCGAGAGAAUUUAGUGCUCCGUGCGUCUUUGCGACCGGAGAAAGUUGCGACGAUCCCAAAUGCCGUGGACGCGACCAAGUUUUUGCCAUUGCAGACCGGGCAAUCACGUCAAGUGGAUGAUUGUAUCACAGUCGUGAUUAUUUCGAGGCUGGUUUAUCGCAAAGGGAUCGAUCUCGUGGCAAGAGCGAUCCCGUUAGUGUGUGCCCAAGAUUCGCGUGUGCGGUUUUUGAUUGGUGGAGAUGGCGCCAAGCGGCUGCUGCUGGAAGAAAUGAGGGAGAAGUACCGAUUGCAUGAUCGAGUGACGCUGUAUGGAGCAGUGCCGCACGUGCAGGUGCGGCACGUGCUCUGUCAGGGACAUAUUUUUCUCAAUAGCUCAUUGACAGAGAGUUUUUGUAUUGCCAUCCUCGAAGCAGCGGCUUGUGGACUUUUUGUUGUCAGUACGCGGGUAGGCGGAGUGCCUGAAGUGCUACCGCCUGAUAUGGUGCAGUUUGCUGCGGACAUUACACCCGAGGCGCUCGCACAAGCAGUUCUCGAUGCGGUGCCACGACUUGCCAGUGUCAAUAGACAGGAGUUUCAUGAUCGUGUGGCGAAGAUGUAUAAUUGGGAUGCUGUUGCAAUGCGAACGGAGAAAAUAUAUGCCAAGGUGUGUGCAUUUCCGGACAGCUCUUUACUCCAUCGUUUACAGCUCUACUAUGGAAUCGGUCCAGUGGCGGGGCUGUUGGCCUGUAUCAUUGCUGCUGUAUUGCACUUGUAUGUGGUUUUCCUCGAGUGGUGGCAGCCCGCUCCAGAUAUUGAACGUGCAUUAGACUGGACCCCAGUAUCGCAACGAAGUCAGGAAGACUCUGAGAAAGGGCCAUAG